AUGGCCACCACUGCGGAUGUUCUCGUUAACGAAUUCAAGUCUUUGGAGCUUGAAGAAACCUCGAAAGCUCUCUUCAACCCUCUCUUGGAGCAUACUCCAGCCAUAGAGACCUCCCCACCUGAAGAAACAUCGAAACCUCUCUUCAAUCCCUUUUUGGAGUAUACUCGAGCCCUAGAGACCAUGGAGCCGGAAGAAACCUCGAAAGCUCUCAACCCCUUUUUUGAACAUGUCCCAGCCCCGGGAACGCUGGAAGAGCUUUUGAAGGAAACAAUCAAACAUGCAAAUAUCAAACGAAUUCUUCCAAACGAUCCCAUUUUUACCCAGGCUGCAAAGCUUCGUGACAAAUAUGGAUUACCGCAGCAAGGAUUCGAAAAUUUCCGACGAUUGCUAUGCGGCAUUGUGAAUUUUCCAUGUAUUUUGUUUCAAAACCCAAAGAAUGAUAAGCUUGAAUUCGACAAAAUGGUCACGGAGACUUUUACAUUAGAUUGGCUACAAGUUGUCCUGGGUGAUACUGGAUUCAAGCUCGACGACAUAAUCAUUAUGGAAUUGUUUCCUAUGUUGACUGAUACAUGGUUGGAAAAUAACCAUGAUAAGCGCUUACAAGCCUUGCAUGAUAUGUUUGAGCUGACUCUUGCUUGUAUUCACAAGUUCAAGCUCCCCGUUAUCGUUGCAUGCCAGUGUUUCAGUCCUAAGGAUGGUGGUCUCUAUGAUUCGUUCUGGCACGCUAAGCUUGGUGAUCUACGAUCCUCGCUAAAUGGUGCAAAAAAUCAAACGGUCUCUCAAUUCAAUUACAAACAACACAUAGCGCAUGUCGUGCACGGCUUCCAUCCAGCAUACGGGGCGUAUCAAAAUACCGAGUAUCGCAAGAACAUGAUGGCAAUACUUCGAUCUACAUUCAAUUCAUUGUUUGGCUCGUAUGCAGAGUCUCGGAGGGAAUACGAAGCCACACUACUAUUGUUGGAGAGCCGUUAUAGCGAGUUUAUCAGAAGCUCGAUCGAAACACUCCACGGAAAGGCGAUUGAAUUUGAUCAGAUUCACAAGCAAGGGCUUGCCCUUGAUCUGUUUCAAGGUCAUGAUGACUCCAAUAUACUUGAUAGUUGGAACGAACUGAAGAGCACAUUGGACCUGGUUUUGAACAAGUUGUCACCUACAGCGCCCAGAAAAUUGCUUUUGUGA